AUGGCCAUGGGGCAAACAGAAGAGCGCGCGAUACAUCCGUUCUUCAGAAAAGACUUUGGAGUACCGACAAUCCUUCCACCCGUUGACAAUGGCCUUCCUCCUACCGAUUUACACGAGUGCAACGGAUCACCUGUCUCACAAACACCCUCCGUAGCUACUGCACUUGACCACGACCCCAAUGCGGAACGAAGAAAACGACGAAGGACGGACACGAAUUCCGCUGCGGCUGAUGACAUUAUAACGACUCCCAAUAACGUCCAUAAUUCCGCUGAAACUGAAGUUGCAGCUCCCCCUGUGCAAACUCAAGGCAACUGUAUCUCGGUCCAGGUUCUCGCUCCGUCAGAGCAAGGACAACACCAACAGCCAUUGGCUAGCAAUACAAACCCUACGCCUAGUGAAUCCAAGCAGAAGAAACAAAAGGUGAUCAAAUUAAAUGCGAAUGGGAGGCUUCUCAGUUCUCCGGUAGCCGACAGGUUUACCGAUAAGUCAAAAAUGAAGGGCAACAAACGUGGGAAAACAGGUCCGAAAAAUACAGAGAAUCCGAAGAGCAAACUCGUGGUUAUCAAGUACAUCAAUAAGGAAGGGGUAUCCGAAAGUCUGGGCCAGCAAAUUAGCGAAAUUAUCAAUGGGCAACGAAAGCAUGUUGCUUCCAGUCGGGCUCCUCCUCCGGCCAAUUCCGCAUCGAAACUUACUCCCAAACAGCCAGCUAAGCCAACGCAUCCAUUCUUUAUGAAGAAACCCCUACACAAAACGGAUAUCUCAUCUCAGCAACUACCAUGUCAAAAUCCAAUCACAACCCCUUCCGAAGACGGAUCGACGAGCAUAACUGAGCGACCCCCUUCACGGCCGAUGUCGAAGCCACUCCUUUCUUUCAAACAUGCGUUUUCCAAAGUGCCGGAACCUAUGCACCCACUUUGGCCUCCUCUCGGCCUAACCCAUGUUCGAGAGCUUAGCGGCGAACUCGAUUCACAAGACGACGGAACUUCUUUCGAAACAGACCGCAGGAAGUCAAAGUUGCCUGCUGUUCAGGUAAAUGACGAAGAUAGUGUGCUUUCGUCUAUCAUACACUCCACUCGGGUCGUUGAUCCUGUUUUGAGGCAUCCAUCUAAACAUAUCAUCAGUGGACGGGCUUUACAAGCCGAAAUAUCCAAACGGCUAACAACGCAGCGCGAUGCGUCCAAUCCAAAUAUGGUGCCAUCUCAUGGCCCCUCUCAUCCGGCAAUUGCUAAGCUAUAUGCGUCUCUCCCGACAGCGACUGCUGCAUUCGACCGUGGAAAUUACGAAACGCAGGCCUGGGCGCAAAAGUAUGCACCGACCUCUGCCCAACAAGUUCUCUGCGCAACUAAGGAGGCGCUUAUGCUGCGUGAUUGGCUUAAGCACCUAAUUGUCUUAAGCGUUGAAACGAGUAACUCCUCGAAGGGUAAUGAGAAAGCAAAACGGAAAGAGGAGAACAAGCGCAAAAGACGGAAGAAGUCGGACAAGCUAGAGGGCUUCAUAGUAUCCAGUGAUGACGAGGCUUCUCAGAUGGGUGAAAUUUCCGGAUCCGACGAUGAAUUGGCCGGUGAUGUGACAGUCUCGAGCAAACGAACCGUCAUUCGUACGGGGGAUCUCACGUUCAAUCUGAGAUCUAAUGAACGAGGCCGUAUGACAAAUGCCAUCCUUCUGAGCGGCCCUCCAGGGUGUGGGAAAACAGCAUCGGUCUACGCAGUGGCGAAAGAGAUGGAUUUUGAGGUUUUCGAAAUCAAUGCAGGCCACCGCCGCAGUGCGAAAUAUAUCCUGGAUCGGAUCGGUGACAUGACUCAAAACCACCUUGUCCAUAAUGUACAUGGCAAUGGAAGUCCCAUGGGCAGCCAGGCUUCCACCACAGAUCCGGACGCUGGUGGGCUAGAAGACGGAAAACAGAACAAGCUGAUGGGCUUCUUCAAGCCUAACUCAACUACUACCACAAGCAAAAGCCCCAAGGCACAAGCUCCCGCGAAGGAAGUUGACAUGAAACAAAGCCGAAAUCAAAAACAGUCGCUAAUCCUUUUAGAGGAAGCGGACAUUUUAUUUGAAGAAGACAAGCAGUUCUGGUCGGGGGUUCUUACUCUCAUAAACCAGUCGAAGCGUCCAAUAAUUAUAACCUGUAACGAUGAGAAACUCGUACCCCUCGACGAUAUAUCCUUCCAUGCAAUACUACGGUACAGAGCUCCCUCACUGGAAUUAGCCGUUGACUACCUUCUUCUCGUGGCUGCAAACGAAGGCCACAUCCUCAAGCGAACAGUGGUUGAAAAGCUCUAUCUGAGCACCGGUAACGACCUUCGGCGAUCUGUUACGGAGUUGAACUACUGGUGUCAAAUGGCCGUGGGUAGCGAGAAAUCUGGCAUUGAUUGGAUUAUCGACCGGUGGCCACAAGGUAGAGACCUCGAUUCAAAUGGCGACAAGUUGCGGGUGCUUAGCGAAAAUACAUAUGAUGACUGCAUGGGUUGGUUCAGCCGCGAUGUUCUGACCGGCACUGGUUUAACGACUGAGACCGAGCUUCGGCAGGAAGCGCUCCAUUGGUGGCAAUUGAGCUUACAAGAGGCUGAUAGUAUGGAGGAUAUACAGCACCAACCUCUUCUAGAAACUAGCCCAAACGCUUCAAAACUUGAACUUCUGGAAAGCUUGCGCUUCCAGUCUGACUAUAUGGAAUCACGGAGUGUGCUAGACCUUUUUGCUGCCACUUCCUCUCUCGAUACAGGGAUGGACACAAUUGACGCAUCUAUAUUUCCAAUAUCGGAAAAGCAGAGGCUCAAUUAUGCCGAAGGCUACCGGCUACUACAAGCCGAUCAUGUCCCCGAUUAUACAACGCUAACCGCGGAAGUUGGGAGUACCUUCGAGGCUCUUCUCGGAAGGGUAUUCCGGCAGAGUCGAGAAGUUGAAUCAAAAGAAGCACUGGAAAAUAAAGCGUUGGCAUCCGUUUCCAAACAGAAAGCAGCUCAGCAUCCACAGCAGGAGAUUCUGGAGGCGCUGGCGCCAGCCAUGAAGCCAGAUCACGGAGAUUCCCCAGCAAAUGGGGGUGCAGAGCUUUCAUUCGAGCAUGGCCAGAGAUCAAUCGCCGAAGACCUCUCGCCGUAUAUUCGAGCAAUAGUAGCAUUUGAUCUCCGCCUUGAACAAUACCGCCGGGAACUUAAUCGCCUUCUUUCUGGAAAUGAGAGGGGUACGAAGCGAAUGCGCACAACUCGCGCUAGUCGAGCAGCGCUUGAGGGUGGUAGCAAGGCAGAGACGCGAAAGGAAAGAUGGUUCUCUCCAGCUGUGAACGUUCAUAGAGUAAUGGCUACGGGCAAACCGGAGUGGCAGGAUCUGCUGGUCCAGAACGGCUAUUUCACCGUGCCCUUGGCGAAGGAGCAAACGUUCCGAGAGGAUAGCGAGCCGAUCUCUGGGAGCGCAACCGACGGGUCUAUAUAA